AUUUUCACAAUAGACAUUUAUACACCAUUGGAUAGAGAAUUUAAAGGGCUACAUUUUGGACUAUUUAUUUUUUAAAACACUCGAAAUCGACUUUUUGGCCUAAUGUCCGCUUAGUUGCCCACUGUGAUGGAUAAACGUCCUACGAGCUGCUCUUUCCAAUGGUGAAAACCGCAGGUCUCUAGGUCUUUUCGUUCCUGAGUUAUAAGCGUUUUGUUCACUCAUCUUAUUUUCAGAAAUAUAUAAUAGACAUAAAUAACAGAUAUUGUAUUGAAGAACAACACAACUCUAGAUAUCAUUUGGAUUUGUUUCAUUUAACACGUUGUGUUUUCCUUCGGUCAUUCGUAAUAUGCAAUUUUUAAUAUCAUAUUGUUCUUUUUGUCCAUGUAGUCUCCCAUGAUUAACACUUUAUCUUCUUCACUUAUUUCUUCAUUUAAUAUAAUCGGGUUAGCAAUCGACUUUACUCCUUUGUCUCUUAAUAUAAAUAUAAAUCUCAACUUCACCACAUAUAUCUAUCUUAGAAUAACAUUCUCAACAAAUGAGCAUUGUUUUUAUGCAAAAAAAACUUUCUAAGACACUAUCACUGAUCAUUAAUCAAGUGCAUCUGAGAUACAGUAAAACAAGAUAUCGUCUUUUGCCUCUAGAAAGCGUUGUAGGCAUUUUCUCAACCAGGGGCCUGUUUCUCAAAAAAACUUAAGUAUAAUUUCCUGUUCACUUAAGUGAAAUUAUUCACUUAAGUAAAACUUUAGUUUUUUCGAGAAACAGGCCGCAUUUAAGUUGUUUUGAGAAACAGGCCCCUGCCACAUAGAUGCCAUCUUCUAGAGCAACCCAAGCUCUAUCAGACAGCACUAAAACAUUUUUUUAAUAACUCUUUUCUUGCGAAGAUUCGAUUCAAGUCUGAAUCGAAUAUGAAUAGAAGAAAAAUGACUUACCGAAUAAGCAUACUCCUCAAUGAAAUAAAAUCACUGUGUGCUUCAUCUUCAACUGAAACGAGAAAAAUGGACAAGUUACAAAAAGCCAGAAUGUCAUUCCAAUGUUUGCAAUGUUUCAGAAUAAAUGAGAAUGUGGAAGUUUAUACAAAGUAACCUUUGAUCUUGAGAAAGUGAACAAACAUUAGAAAGAUGUUUUUUAUUUUUAUAGGAAAAAGUUCCAUUCGCAGUUGUGGGAAGUAACAUUAUAUUGGAACGAGGAAGUAAACGAGCGAGAGUUAGACAAUACGCAUGGGGAGUUGUAGAUGGUCAGUGAUAAUAAUUCAUGAAUGACAUUUUGUGUUAUUGUAACUUAUCCAUUUUCCUCAUUUUAGUUGAAGAUGAAGCACACAGUGAUUUUAUUGCAUUGAGGAGUAUGCUUAUUCGAACAAAUUUAAACGAUUUGCGUGAUGUUACUCAUAAUAUUCACUAUGAAAAUUAUCGUUAUAAAAAGUUAAGUCAUUCGACCAGUAGUAAUACUACUGGUAGUGAUUCAGCUAAAGCGGGAUCAAAUAAAUCAUUGCAAUCGAAUAUGUUCACUGUUCAGACUUAUAGUCGUUCGCGAGGUUCAUAG